AUGGCCUCCACCGUCCGAUCAAGCCUCCCUGCAAUUCGGACGCCUGCGCUGCGUGCCGCCACCGCUGCCCGCCCAUCCCCAUCGUUCCACCGCCCGCGGUUAUACAGCAGUGCCUCUGCUGCCCGCCAACAAGAGAAUGUCUUCCACACCCAGCUCGAGGACACCAAUGCCUCGUCCAUCCUCUCCUCGCUGCAGAAGCCCAAGGGCGCGCCGCAGACCCUGACCGAGAAGAUUGUGCAGAAGUAUGCCGUGGGCCUUCCCGAAGGCAAGUUUGUCAAGUCGGGCGACUAUGUCACCAUCCAGCCCGCCCACUGCAUGACCCACGACAACUCGUGGCCCGUUGCUAUGAAGUUCAUGGGCAUUGGCGGCUCCAAGAUUGCCAACAACCGCCAGACCGUCAUGACUCUCGACCACGACGUCCAGAACAAGAGCGAGGCCAACCUGAAGAAGUACAGGCAGAUCGAGGAGUUUGCCAAGAAGCACGGCGUCGAUUUCUACCCGGCCGGCAGGGGCAUUGGACACCAGAUCAUGGUUGAGGAAGGCUACGCAUUCCCCGGCACUCUCGCCGUGGCCUCUGACAGUCACACCAACAUGUAUGGCGGCAUCGGCUGCCUGGGAACCCCUGUCGUGCGCACUGACGCCGCCUCCAUCUGGGCCACCACCAAGACUUGGUGGCAGAUUCCUCCCAUUGCCAAGGUCACCUUCACUGGUCUUCUUCCCAAGGGUGUCACCGGCAAGGACAUCAUUGUCGCUCUCUGCGGUUUGUUCAACAACGAUGAUGUGCUCAACCACGCCAUUGAGUUCACCGGCUCUCCGGAGACCCUUGCCAGCCUGCCUAUCGAUGACCGUCUUUCCAUCGCGAACAUGACGACUGAGUGGGGUGCUCUGAGCGGCCUCUUCCCCAUGGAUGCUACGCUCAAGGGUUGGCUGCGCUUCAAGGCCACCGAGGCUUCCAUGUACGAAUCCAGCCGUCUCACCCGCUUCAACCACGAACGUCUUGAUGACCUCUUCGAGAACGCCCCGGUUGCAGACCCCGGUGCCACCUACGCCAAGAAGCUUUACCUUGACCUUUCCACUCUGUCCCCCUACGUCGCUGGCCCCAACUCUGUCAAGGUUGCCACCCCUCUUGCCGAGCUGGCUGCUCAGGAUAUCAAGGUCAAUAGGGCAUAUCUUGUCUCCUGCACCAACUCUCGGAGCUCUGACAUAGCUGCUGCCGCCCGCGUGUUCAAGGAGGCUGCUGCAAAGAACAACGGCCAAGUCCCCAAGAUCCCAGACCACGUCAACUUCUACAUUGCUGCAGCUUCGACCAAUGAGGAGGCCGCCGCAAGGGAAGCGGGUGACUGGGACACCCUUCUCCAGGCGGGUGCGCAACCUCUGCCCAGCGGUUGCGGUCCUUGCAUCGGUCUCGGAACGGGUCUCUUGGAGCCCGGUGAGGUUGGCAUUAGCGCUAGCAACCGCAACUUCAAGGGCCGCAUGGGAUCGACGGACGCCAAGGCCUACCUCGCCAGCCCCGAGGUCGUCGCUGCUAGCGCGCUGGCUGGCAAGAUCUCAGGCACCGGCUGGUAUGAGCAGCCCGAGGGUGUGACGGGUGUGGUCCGUGGUGAGGGAGACCUUAUCGGUAAUACCAUCGAGGAUGCUCUCGAGGCAAUCAUUGGCCAGGUUGAUGCCAUGGUAGCGACCGGUGAGCAAGCCAUCUCAGGCAAGGACGGCAGCUCUGAGUCAGAAUCUGCGGGUAGCGAAUCGCUGACGGAGAUCCUCCCCGGCUUCCCUGAGAAGGUGUCGGGUGAGAUCGUCUUCUGUGACGCCGACAACAUCAACACCGACGGCAUCUACCCCGGCAAGUACACGUACCAAGACGACGUCACUCGCGAGAAGAUGUCCGAGGUCGUCAUGGAGAACUACGAUAAGGAGUUUGCACAAGUUGCUAAGCCUGGCGAUAUCCUCGUGUCUGGCUUCAACUUCGGCUGCGGUUCGUCCCGAGAGCAAGCCGCUACUGCAAUUCUAGCCAAGGGUAUCCCGUUAGUCGUUGCAGGUUCGUUCGCCAACAUCUUCGGGCGUAACAGCAUCAACAACGCCCUUAUGGGAGUUGAGGUUCCGCGCCUGGUCGAACGCUUGCGCAACACGUUCGGUGAGAAGACGCUGACGCGGCGGACUGGUUGGACUUUUGAGUGGGAUGUUCGCCGGAGUAAGGUCACGAUCCAGGAGGGCGAGGGCGGCGAAAAGUGGAGCCAGAAGGUUGGUGAGCUGCCGCCGAACGUGCAGGAGAUCAUUGCGCUCGGUGGUCUCGAGAACUGGGUCAAGAAGAGCAUCGGAUUGUAA